GUGGUCAAAUUUCUUUACCAAAUGAUCGUGGAUCAUCCGAGGUAACUGAUAUAAUAUCAGAUACUAAAUUGAAAAUUAAAAAAGAAUUUAAAGACUUAAAAGCAUUGGAAAUGUUGACGCAACCUGAAGGAACAACUUACAAAUGCUUACCACAUAUUGAUCAAAGUAAAGUUUAUAAAGCAGUGUUUGAAGUUUUAAAUGCUGGAGGUUGUGUUGGAAUAUUUCCCGAAGGUGGAACGGGUGUAACUAUUAUGGCUUUGGGUGCUAUGGCUGCUAAUCCUAAACUUAAUGUCAAAAUUGUGCCAUGUGGUUUGAAUUAUUUUCAUGCCCACCAAUUUCGUUCUCGUGCUGUUGUUGAAUUUGGUUCUCCUAUUUCGAUACCACGUGAUUUGGUUGGAAAAUAUAGUAAAGGUGGCCAAAAUAAAAGGGAUGCCUGUAGUAAUUUGUUGGAAAUAAUUUAUAAUGGUUUAAAAUCUGUGACUGUUAAUACUCCGGAUUAUGAGACAUUGAUGGCUGCUCGUCGUUUGUAUAAACCUGAACAUCACAAACUUGAGCUUCCUGAAGUGAUGGAAUUAAAUAGACGUUUUGUUGGCGGUUAUAUGAAUUUUAAAGAUGAUUCGAGGGUUCAAAAAAUGAAUAAAGAAGUGAUGGCAUAUAAUCAACUAUUAAAAUAUUAUGGGUUAAAGGAUCAUCAAGUUCAAAGAACUGCUCAUGAGGCUGUUAAAAGCUCUACUGUCAAGAUUGCAGGACGUGAUGUAUUGGCCACUUGGAAAUUACUUGUUGCUCUCGAACAAUUAGCGUAUGAUUUAACGGAACUAAUUAACGAGCUAGGCCCAAAAAUAUAUCCUGAUUUUGAUAAUGCACGUAUAGUUCAAGAAGCUGAUGAUUCUGAUUAUGAUGAUGUAUUUUUCUUCCUUGACAAACAUAAUGGUGGUAAAAUUACUGGACGUAGUAGGUCUAAUUCUUCCAGCAGUAGGAAAUUAUCAAGUGGCAGGGAUGGAACUAGCAGUAGUGCUUCGUUAAGUAGAGUGAAUUCGUUUAAUUCACUCAACUCAUUUAAUUCAAAUGUAGAAGCGUUUACAAAAUUAUCAAGUACAAGUACAAUACCAUCAUAUAACAUUCCAGAAGUUAGAAUUAUUGAUGAUGAUGGAUAUCAAGGAGAUAAAGAAAAUUCAAUACAAACAAAGAAGAAUGUUUAA